UCCAACGUCAUAGUGACAUGGCACCCCAACAGAAGGGAAAGCAAGCCACAAAGGGGGGGAAGCAGAUUGUUGACGAAAAUGUCGCCACACUCAAGUUCUACAGGAAUAUGGCCUUUAUAUCUCAAGGAGCUCACUUGAUGGUUAUGUUUCUCCUAUCAGACGCCUAUUCGGCACUCACAAUUACCAUGACAAUAUUAUCGGUUGCCCUCCAUAUUGGUAGCUACCAGUUUAUGAGUUUCAUGGCAAGGGCACAGUAUUCUGAAUCAGGUGCCCUUAUCGAUAGUGGGACUGAUUUGAAUAUGGAAGGGGGCCUAGCAGAGCAUGUCAAAGAUUUAGUCAUUUUAACAUCAGGAACACAAAUCUUUUCACUUCUUAGCAACUACUUUUGGCUCCUAUUCCUCCUCAUUCCCAUUCGAGCUGUUUGGCUGCUAUGGGGAUCAGUCAUAAAACCCUGGAUGGAGCAGAAAAAUCAACAGCCAGAAGUUGAUGAGAAGAAGCAAAAGAAAAUGGAAAGGAAAAUGCGAAGGAUGCGCUAAAUUGAGCUUAACUCCAAACCACUUGUAAAUACUUCCAUAUAAUUUAAAAGAAAUAAAAGACUUGUGAAGAAAUGUAAA